AUUUGGCGGGACAUCCAACUUUCAUAACAUUGCUGUCAGCGGAAAGCGAUACGUGAAUAAAACAUUAUUAUCUGGUUAUUAAUCAGCGGAAGAAAACUCUAAUUGUUUCUUCAAACAUCACGAAGACACUGUAUUUCUAAAUACACUUCACAGGUGUUACAAGUCAACUCCUCUACAGGCCAGAGACCCAACAGAGGACCAGCAGCAUGGCGAUGCAAGCAUCUCGGGGAGCAGAGGUGGAGGUAGAAGCAGAGGAAGAAACAUUUGGACCCAUGCCAAUUGCCAAAUUAGAGGGCAAUGGAAUCAGCAACAAUGACCUGAAGAAACUAGAGGAGGCUGGGUUCUUCACAGUGGAGGCUGUGGCUUUUGCCCCCAAGAAACAGCUGCUGGGAAUUAAGGGAAUCAGUGAAGCCAAGGCUGAGAAGAUUCUGGGUGAGUCAGCCAAGUUGGUUCCAAUGGGCUUCACCACGGCCACCGAGUUCCACCAGAAGAGAUCUGAAAUCAUCCAGGUAACAACAGGGUCAAAGGAACUUGACAAGCUCCUUCAAGGGGGUAUUGAGACUGGUUCUAUCACAGAGAUAUUUGGCGAGUUCAGAACCGGCAAGACACAGCUAUGCCACACUCUAGCAGUCACUUGUCAGCUGCCCAUUGAUAUGGGAGGAGGGGAAGGCAAGGCGAUGUACAUCGACACGGAGGGGACUUUCCGACCGGAGAGACUGUUGGCUGUAGCUGAGAGGUAUGGGUUGUCCGGCAGUGAUGUGCUAGACAAUGUGGCGUAUGCUCGGGCCUACAACAGUGACCACCAGUCUCAGCUACUCAUACAGGCAGCGGCCAUGAUGGCGGAAUCCAGAUAUGCCCUGCUGAUUGUAGACAGUGCCACAGCUCUGUACCGGACCGACUACUCAGGACGGGGUGAGCUGUCAGCUCGACAGAUGCACUUGGCCAGGUUCCUCAGGAUGCUGCUGAGACUAGCUGAUGAGUUUGGAGUUGCUGUGGUCAUCAGUAACCAGGUGGUAGCUCAAGUGGACGGUGCGUCCAUGUUCACUGCUGACCCCAAGAAACCCAUCGGUGGAAAUAUCAUUGCUCAUGCAUCUACAACAAGACUGUAUUUGAGAAAGGGCAGAGGCGAGACACGGAUCUGCAAGAUAUACGACUCUCCAUGUCUACCAGAAGCUGAAGCUAUGUUUGCAAUCAAUGCCGAUGGAAUCGGAGAUGCUAAAGACUGAUUCUGUGAGGAUGGGACGACUGUGUGAAAAAUGAAUAAACAGAUGAUGACAGUCAAAUAUACCACCAUCUUCAGGAGUAAACCUAGUGCUGAAAGACCUGUGGAUGACACCUUGAAAAGUUAAACUUUUGUAUGUCAACGAUGACAGGGACAAUGGAACAAUAAUGGACUUGCAAAAAUCGUAGCUUCAAAAAAAGGCUUGAAGUAGUGAUUAUGACAUGGCCCGACAGUAAAUGUGAUGUUCAGUUUGUAAAUGGUUGACAUAGCUUGUGCAAAUAUGAUCAGGCAUAUCUGUUCUAGAUGGGAAAAAGGUAAUACUAGUAAUUGUAAGGCAGGGUUGCUGAAUGUGUUGGCUCGGACAUUGUGUUGACGUAUUAAAGUUAUGAAGUGUCUCAUUGAUGGGUUUCAACCAGGAAGCCACAUGACUCAUUCAGGCCUCUACAAAUGUCGUGAUACAACAAAAAGACAACAUGGAUUUGAGGUGGUCUCUGGAGUUGGCAAGUCAGCAUCCCUGGAAAUUGAUGCAGUGUUAAAGAUGCGGUGUGAAUGACGGCUGUUUCUGUACUUGUCAUCUUGGUGAUGAGUGUUGUCAUGUCGAGUUAAAGAUGCAGUGUGAAUGCCGGCUGUUUCUGUACUUGUCACCCUGGUGAUGAGUGUUGUCAUGGCGAGUUAAAGAUGCACAUGUGAAUGCCCCGGCUGUUUCUGUACUUGUCACCCUGGUGAUGAGUGUUGUCAUGGUGAGUUAAAGAUGCAAAUGUGAAUGCCCCGGCUGUUUCUGUACUCGUCACCCUGGUGAUGAGUGUUGUCAUGUCGAGUUAAAGAUGUAGAUGUGAAUGCCGGCUGUUUCUGUACUUGUCACCCUGGUGAUGAGUGUUGUCAUGGUGAGUUAAAGAUGCACAUGUGAAUGCCGGCUGUUUCUGUACUUGUCACCCUGGUGAUGAGUGUUGUCAUGGUGAGUUAAAGAUGCAAAUGUGAAUGCCCCGGCUGUUUCUGUACUCGUCACCCUGGUGAUGAGUGUUGUCAUGGCGAGUUAAAGAUGUAGAUGUGAAUGCCGUCUGUUUCUGUACUUGUCACCUUGGUGAUGAGUGUUGUCAUGGUGAGUUAAAGAUGCACAUGUGAAUGCCGGCUGUUUCUGUACUUGUCACCCUGGUGAUGAGUGUUGUCAUGGUAAGUUAAAGAUGCAGAUGAGAAUGCUGUCUGUUUCUGUACUUGUCACCCAGGUGAUGAGUGUUGUCAUGGCGAGUUAAAGAUGCAGAUGUGAAUGCUGUCUGUUUCUGUACUCGUCACUCUGGUGAUGAGCGUUGUCAUGGCGAGCAGGGGACUUCCAAGUAUACUCUCCUGAGGAACUUCUGUUUAUAGAGAUGUUUCAGAGUGAUUUGGACAAGUUGUUUUCUGUUAUUUCACUUUAUUAUUGGUUAUAUGAUUGUAUAUGUAUAAUACACUAUUGUAUAUUAUGUAUAUACUUUUUGAUAAAACACUCAGCCUGGAGAAAA